AUGCUUACAAAAAAAGAGCAAGACAUUGCAAAUGCCAUGCUACUUGUUGAAGUAGCAAAGAAAAUGUUGCAAAAGUUAAGGAAAGAAGAAUGGAAAUCUCUUAUUGCUACGAUAUCUGCAUUUUGUAUCAAAUAUGAUAUUUUGAUACCUCACUUUGAUGAGCCAUAUGUUAGUUCUUUAAGUUCACGUCGUAAAACUGCUGAUUGUUCAGUCAUACAUCAUUAUUGGGUUGAUGUAUUUUGCAAAAUUAUUGAUUGGCAAAUUCAAGAACUUAAUGAAUAUUUUGACGAAGAGACAACUUAUUUGCUUCAUGGAAUUGCUUGUUUGAAUCCAAUUAACUCAUUUUCAAGUUUUGACAUCAGGAAAAUAAUGAGAAUGGCUGAGUUAUAUCCUGAUGACUUUGAUGAAUUUAGUAUGGGUACUCUUGAGAAUCAACUUGCAAUUUAUAUUAUUGAUGUUCGUUAUGUUGAUGAAAGAUUCUCCGAUCUACAUGGGCUUUGUGGUCUUUCAAAAAAGAUUAGUUCAGACAAAGAAGCAUUCAAAUUAUCCUCUUGUAUUUCGCUUAGUGAAACUUGCUUUGCUUCUGUCCGUUGCCACUGCAUCUGUUGA